AACAUUGCUCGACGAAGCAAGAGGUGUCGAGUUAAAAAUGUAACAUUUGUUUAAUGUUCUAGCUAGUCUUAACGUGCCUGUCGUUUGAAAAUUAAAUCAAUAACCCUAGUAGGUCACGUUUCAAUAUCCAUCAAUAGUACUUGGAAAAUGUUACCAAAACUUAUAUACAUGUGUUUUAGCUAGCUAACCAGAUUAUCACUAAAAUAGCUAACAAGCUAAUGUUGUUAGCCACGGUCCGUCCCACUUGCAGCACAGCUGUCUCCUAUGCUUUCCACUGUUUUAAAAAUGACCUCGCCUUAUUUCGUUGAGAGUACCGCGGUCAUCACUCGGAGCGGUAACAAGACCGUGCCCCGUGCCGGUUUAGCCACGACGUUAAAAACUAGGAUGGAGAGGAGAGUGUUGAGGGCGCACGUGAAACAGGAGGAAGAAGAUUCGAGCGUAUCUAAUCAGAGUUUGGGACGAGACGCUUCAGAUAUUGGCUCCUCUAGGUUCCGUCGCUCAUCCUUCGGCCAAUCACAAGCUGAGCCAGACAAAGCCCUGUCCCUGUUACCACUGGCACCCAUCCUGCGCAGGAGGCGGGGCCAGGUGAAGGUGGAAUACGAUGGGAAGGAGGAGCCUAAACACUGGGAGCCUCCUGAUUGGAGCAAGCAGCUGGGUCAUGUGCGUCAGAUGAGGAGCGCCAGGGACGCUCCUGUUGACCUCAUGGGGGCGGAGAAAUGCUACGACACACACGCCCCUGAUGAGGUGCGACGUUACCAGGUGCUGGUGUCUCUGAUGUUGUCAAGCCAGACAAGGGACCAGGUGACCAGUGCGGCUCUGCAGAGACUCAGGGCUCAUGGCUGUACAGUGGACAACAUAGUCAACACUGACGAUGACACACUGGGACAACUCAUCUACCCUGUCGGCUUUUGGAGGACCAAGGUGAAGUACCUGAAGCAGACGUCAGUGAUGCUCCAGAGGGAGUUUAGAGGGGACAUCCCUAACACAGUGGAGGGCCUGGUACGACUACCUGGAGUAGGACCCAAGAUGGCUCACCUGGCCAUGGACAUCGCCUGGCACCAGGUCUCUGGCAUAGGUAGCCUUCCACAAGCUUCCCACAAUAAGUUGGGUGAAUUUUGGCCCAUUCCUGCUGACAGAGCUGGUGUAACGGAGUCAGAUGAACCUGGUACCUUCAGGUGUCUGGGAAUUGCUCCCAAGGAUGAACCAGACUUGUGGAGGUCUACAAUUUUUUUCUGAGGUCUUGGCUGAUUUCUUUUGAUUUCCCCAUGAUAUCAAGCAGAGGCACUGAGUUUGAAGGUAGGCCUUGAAAUACAUCCACAGGUACACCUCCAAUUGACUCAAAUAAUGUCAAUUAGCAUAUCAGAAGCUUCUGAAGCCAUGACAUUUUCUGGAAUUUUCCGAGCUGUUUCAAGGCGUAGUCAAGUUAGUGUAUGUAAACUUCUGACCCACUGGAAUUGUGAUACAGUGAAUUAUAAGUGAAAUAAUCUGUCUGUAAACAAUUGUUGGAAAAAUUACUUGUCAUGCACAAAGAUGUCCCAACCAACUUGCCAAAACUCUAGUUAGUUAAGAAACCUGUUGCGACGAGCCAUCCCGGAUCCGGGAUCGUGAAUACAGCCUCAAGCUCAUUACCAUAACGCAACGUUAACUAUUCAUGAAAAUCUCAAAUGAAAUGAAAUCAAUAUGCUAGCUCUCAAGCUUAGAUUUUUGUUAACAACACUGUCCUCUCAGAUUUUCAAAAUAUGCUUCUCAACCAUAGCAAAACAAGCAUUUGUGUAACAGUAUUGAUAGCUAGCGUAGCAUUUAGCGUUAGCAUUCAGCAGGCAACAUUUUCACAAAAAACAGAAAAACAUUAAAAUAAAAUAAUUUACCUUUGAAGAACUUCAGAUGUUUUCAAUGAGGAGACUCUCAGUUAGAUAGCAAAUGUUCAGUUUUUACAAAAAGAUGAUUUGUUUAGGAGAAAUCGCUCCAUUUUCUGCAUCACGUUUAGCUACGAAAAAAAGCUGUAUCCAGGAUUGUGUAAAUCUAUCCGCAAGCUCAUUAGCAUAACGCAACGUUAACUAUUCAUGAAAAUCGCAAAUGAAAUAAAUCUAUUUGCUCUCAAGCUUAGCCUUUUGUUAACAACACUGUCAUCUCAGAUUUUCAAAAAUAUGCUUCUCAACCAUAGCUACACAAGCAUUUGUGUAACAGUAUUGAUAGCCUAGCAUAGGAUUAUGCCUGACAUUCAGCAAGCAACAUUUUCACAAAAACCAGAAAAACAUUCAAAUAAAAUAACUUGGGUACCUUUGGGUAAGAAAAAACCCGAAAAUUAAGUAAUUAAAACAAACUUUUUUCCAAAUUAACUCCAUAAUAUUGACAGAAACAUGGCAAACCGAUGUUUAGAAUCAAUCCUCAAGGUGUUUUUCACAUAUCUAUCGACGAUAAAUCCAUCGUGGCAGUUGACUUUCUCUUCUGAAGAAAUGGAACGGCGCAUGGACCUAAAGAGUACGCAAUAAUUUCGACACAGGAACAGGACACCGGGCGGACCCCUGGUAAAUGUAGUCUCUUAUGGUCAAUCUUCCAAUGAUAUGCCUACAAAUACGUCACAAUGCUGC